UAAUCAAAAGGAAAUAAAAUAAAGUAUAGUUUCCGUUUAGUGACCUACAAAGUUUAACUGAAGAAUGUAUUGCCCUCGUUCGGAAAAAACUUCCACGAAAGGCAAAGGAUCCGGGAAGCUUAUCCAUCAAGAAUUCUUGAAACAGUUUCCUACAUGUUCUCACUUGGCAAGUUACUGAAUGUGCUUUAGGAAAUGAAUUUUUGAAGUGAAGAUUAUUCAUUUAUUUGCAUGCCUUUUGUGUUCUGCAACUCUUUGAUUUACUUGCUAAUUUCCAGAAUGAUCAUUUAUCAUCAGUUUUGUAUUAGCCAAUUCAAUCAAAUCAUCUGAUUACCAGGAAAAUAAGCAUUCAAGUUAUGUUGAUUCAGAGAAUGCCAAAAUUGAAAGGAAAAGUAGAAUCAAAACUAUUAAUUUAUUAUUUCAUACAAGUUCAGUCCAUUCAGACUUCUCAUGAGAUUAAUCAUUUUAGGGAACAACGUAUGUUUCCAGUGCAAGUCACUUGCAUGUACAUGCCUUCAGCUUAUCAAUUGAGUAUAUAAGAAAUGUGAAAUAUAUGUAGCUUUCUUAUAAUAUGUGCAUGGGUACAGAUUCUCUCUUUGGAUAGAGGUAAUUCCUGAGAAUUAAGUCUUGUUUUAUCUCCAUAUAAACAAGACAUAAGAGAAAACAUAAAAUAUUUACAUAUUAACACAUGAAAAAACAACAAUAAUAGUCUAGGUAGCACCACCACUUCAUUCCUUCAACAUGUCCCGUUUCAGAAACGUUUCAGACAUUUGACGUUUCAGAUAUGGAACUUCAUCAUUUUACAUAGAAAACCCUUAAAUAACACUGUUUCCCCGUGUCUGUGUCCGUGUCUGUAUCCGUGCUACCUAGAUAAUAGCUCAAGAGAUGUCCGACUCUAAGGGAGUGAGCAAAAACAAGUUCAUAUUCUGUUUUUGUUUCAGGAGAAUAUUCAAGGACAGGCUGCUUGAGCCUCCACAAGAUGUGAAAGACCUCUUCGAAGAAUACUCGCAGAACGGAAGCAUGUCCCAGGAGGAUCUGCUCAGGUUUUUAAUUGAGAGACAAGGCGAAACAGAUGCCAAACCUGAAGAUGCUCAGAUCAUCUUCAAUAGCCUCAAGCAUCUCAACAUCUUCCAAAGAAAGGGCCUCCACCUUGAAGCCUUCCUCCGAUAUCUCAUCGGAGACCUUAAUGUCGCUCUUUCUCCGUCUCCCAAGCUCCACGACAUGAAGGCACCAAUGUCUCAUUACUUCAUGUACACAAGCCAUAACACCUACUUGACUGGCAAUCAAGUCAGCAGUGACAGCAGUGCAGAACCCAUCAGAAAAGCUCUAAGACAAGGAGUCAGAGUCAUUGAAUUGGAUUUGUGGCCUAAUUCCAAGAAAGACAAUGUCGAAGUUCGCCAUGGAGGGACACUUACUGCACCGGUGGAUCUCAUCAAAUGUUUGCAUAUUAUUAAAGACAAUGCCUUCAUAGCAUCUGAAUAUCCUGUUGUGAUCACAUUUGAAGAUCAUUUAACUGCAGAUCUUCAGGCUAAAGUGGCCGAGAUGGUCAAGAAAACAUUUGGAGAUAUGCUUUUCGCUCCGAAAUCAGAUCAAAUGGACAAAUUUCCUUCACCAGAAGAAUUAAAGAAAAAGGUUUUGAUUUCAACUAAACCCCCGAAAGAGUAUCUUGUAGUUCAGAGUAACAAAGAGAAAGAAACUCACCGUAAGACACGAAAAUCAUCGAAGAUAGAACAUUCGGAUGAUGAGAAGGCAGGUUCAAUUCAAGAAUUGCAGAAUUCAAUUAAAGAUUAUUCUAAAUGCUCUCUAUGUUCUGUAUAAAUAAUUGCCUGCUCGGGCUUGGGUAAACAGCAGGAGCUAGGUGAGCAAGACCACGUUCCAGAGGAAGACGAAGAGAAGGCAUACUCUGGAUAUAGGAACAUUAUCGCCAUUCACGCAGGAAAGCCGAAAGGUUCAUCAGAAAACUGGCUAAGCAUUGAUCCAAACAAAGUUAGACGUCUGAGUCUGAGCGAGCAAGAGCAUGAGAAUGCUGCAAGAACACAGGGAGAAGAUAUAAUCAGGUUCACUCAGCGAAAUUUCCUCAGGGUUUACCCGAAAGGAAUUCGACUUGAUUCGUCUAAUUAUAAUCCAUUUGUCGGGUGGAAGCAUGGAGCUCAAAUGGUCGCAUUUAAUAUGCAGGGGUAUGGGAAGCAGCUUUGGAUUAUGCAGGGAAUGUUUAAAGCUAAUGGUGGCCGUGGUUAUCUGAAAAAGCCUAACUUCUUGUUGGAACCUCAUUGUCAUCCCACGACGAAGAUUCUGAAGGUGAAAGUGUACAUGGGGGAAGGGUGGGACUUGGAUUUUCACCGCACGCAUUUUGAUCUAUGCUCGCCGCCUGACUUCUAUGUCAAGAUUUCGGUUGCUGGGGUGGCAGCAGAUAAGGCUAAGCGGAGAACAAGAGUAAUUGAAGAUGACUGGUUCCCAGAAUGGAAUGAGGAAUUUGUGUUCCCACUCAGCUGUUAUGAAUUAGCUCUUCUACGGAUUCAAGUGUACGAGUAUGACCCAUCAGCAAAACCUGACUUCGGAGGCCAAACUUGUUUACCUGUCUCAGAGAUCAGAACUGGGAUUCGAUCACUUCCAUUACACGAUCGUAAAGGAGUACAGUUUAAGCAUGUAAGGCUGCUCAUCAAGUUUGAGUUUCUUUGAUCUUGAGCUAAUGCUCCAUAUAUUAUGGAGCACGAGUAGUUAUUCCACGUAACGGGUGAACCACAUCAUAUUUACGACAAGUUAAUGAAUGUUUGCAAUAUUGGAAUAUUCAAUUAAGCAUGUAAGGCUUCUUGGUAUUACUUUAUCAUAUCCACACUCUGCAUCAACUAGGUAGCAUGGACACGGACACGAGCAUACGGGACACUUGGACAUGGACACGGCGAACCGGUGUAAUUUUAAAGUUUUCUAUGUAAGAAAUGAAGUUUCGUGUCCUAAAUGUCAAGUAUCAGAAACGUUUCCGAAACGGGACACGCUGAUUGAAUGAAGUGUCUGUGCUACCUCAACUAUUUGAUUCUCUUCUGUUUCAAUGAUUUCUUUUCCAAAAGUUCAAAAAUCUCAUGCUGAUGUUGUACUUAACUUGACAAUUAAACACAGAUUAAAAAUUAAAUCUGUGACCAAAUAAUUUGGACUUUUA